AAGUAUAGUGCUUGGUAAAUACGUGAACUUGAAUGGAUUUAGAGAUUAAGGGAGUUGCUGCUUCUCCUAGGAGCCAAACUCAGCCAUUCUCUGGAAGAAAGAAGCCACUAAAACAAGGAUGGACUUCCGAAUCAUGGGCAAUCCAGAAUCCGUGCUCACCUGUGGUCCCACGACUUGAUUUGGGAAGCCUUGUUGACUCUGAUGAUGAGGAUGGCUUUUCAAAUAUCCCACUUAGUACAGCGCAUAUUUAUUUUAACCCACCAAAUUCAUCCCCUGCUCUUGGUUGGGUAACACCUUGUCAGAUGUCUUAUACUGAAGAUCAUCUAAAUGAACUGGAGCAGAAUGUAAUUCCUGAAAAUCUGCCAGCACCAACAGGCAAAUAUAAACUAAAAUACCAGCAAUACAAAACUGAAAUGAAAGAGGGAUAUAAACAGUAUAGUCAGAGAAAUGCAGAAAAGACAAAAUCAAAUAUCACGUGUCAACCAUUUCCAAGAAACAAGACAGAGGAGAAGAGUGUGCAAGGUGAAGAACCCAUUGAAGAUGAUCUUACAACUCUGGAUAGAAAAGCUCUCUUACAGCAAGGCUAUGCAGACAACCCUUACAGUGCACUAUGGAGUGCAAGAAAAUCUGAUGCAGAAAUUGUAGCUGCAGAGAAAAAGAAGCAGACUGUUGCUGAGCAAAUGAUGAUAGACCACUUGUCUAGGGCUGUAAUCAGUGAUCCAGAACAAAAUUUCACCAAUGGGACACGAAGCCCUGGUACCCUUCCAGAUCCAAAGAUGGCACCUGUUGGGUUUAGGAAGAGAACAUUGCAUGAAACAAAAAUAAGAACCCAUUCUACAUUAACUGAAAAUGUGCUUUCCAAUAAAUUACAAUUUGAUGGUAGGAUCAUAUCAAGAACAAAUGUGCUUCCUUUCAUUCAAAAAAACAUUUAUAGUCAUCAGCGUGGAAGAAGGAAAGGAAAACAAUACCAACUUGGUGAUUUUUAUAUUGGUGCAAAUUUGACAUUUUUGAGUUCUGAUCAUCCUAGCCUUCCGGAAAGUGUAAAAGAAAACGCAUUACUUGUACUUCGAAUCACAAAUGUUGAUCAGAUAGCUUUGGAUUCUCUCAGAACUGCUUCUGAGGAACAUGGAGAUGAUGUAACUAGUCAAGAAGCCAAUGAUAGGCUGGUCUUCAAGGCCAUUCAAGAUGCACUAAAAGUAAAACUGCAUAAAAGAGGUGUUCGUAUUUUGACUGGACUGGGAAAAUACUUUCGACAAUUGGAUAAAGAAGGAAAUGGACAUUUAGAUAAGGCAGAUUUUAAGCAAGCUCUAAAACUAUUUCACUUAGAAGUGUCUGAAAAGGAUUUUGAGUCCUCAUGGCUAAUUCUGAAUGACGGUGGCAGUGACAAGGUUGACUAUGGAGAAUUCAAACGUGCCAUUAUUGGUGAAAUGAAUGAAUAUAGGAAGUCCUUUGUGCGAAAGGCAUUUAUGAAACUGGAUUUCAACAAAACUGGCAGUGUGCCUAUUAUAGAUAUAAGAAAAUGUUACUGUGCAAAGAAGCACCCUCAAGUAAUUUCAGGUCAUUCCACAGAGGAAGAAAUCAAAUCAUCUUUUCUAGAAACAUUAAAAGAUGCCCGCAGCAAGUCCGAUGAAGUGUCAUACUGUGAAUUUGAAGAUUACUAUGAGGGCCUAAGUGUAGGGAUAGUAGAUGAUGAAGAUUUUGUUAAUAUCGUACGUACUCCAUGGGGAAUUUAGUUUUUAAAAAUAUGUAUGUCAUCAGCACUAGACAUUUUAUAGGCGAGAUGAAUGUAAAGUGUGGCCGAACACUGAAUGUAUUUUUCUAGGACUCUCUUUACUCUGGUUUUUCUCAAAAAAGUUGUGUCUAGAAAGAGAAAUGUUUAGAAAGACAGAGGCAGUGGUACGUGUGUGUGUGUGUGUGUGUGUACACGUGCCUGUCUAUAUGUUUUUAAAGAUAUGUUCUUUUGAUUUAUCUUGAAUCUACUUUAGAGCCUAUUUAAAAUAAUUAAGCUCCAUAGGAAAGUUAGAUCUGUAUUAGGGUUGCCUCUAUAUAAUAACCAGGUUUCCUGUCUUCAUACUUGUUUUUUUUUUUUUAAACAUUUUCUCUAAGAUAUAAUUGCAACAGUCUCAGUCUGAUAAAUUGGAAUUGGCUCCAAAGCGAAUGAAACUGAAAUAUGUUUUAAAGAUGAAAAUGGUAAAGGAAUUAAACUUGUUUUAAACAACUUGUUUUAAAGAUAUGAAAAUGUUAAAGGAAUUAAAGGAUGUUUAAGGGAAAUUUCCCUUGCAGUGUGAUUAUAGAUGUUUUCUGUAACAUUGAUGUUUAGCGUGAUGGAGGCUUAUCCCCAAAAUCCUUAUUUAAACACUGAUUUAUCUUGUAAUUGCAAAGUAUGUGCUAUUGUUUAUUUUAUACAGCGCAAUGCAGUUAUUCUAGUGACAAAUUCUAGUCUUUCUUUUAUUAUUACCUGCAUAGAAUCUACAGUUAGCUAGAAACAAUGAAAAUGGGAGGGGGAUGGUCUCUUACGUUAUUAAAUAAAGAGCUCUAAUAUGUGCGUUAUCACAUAAUGAAUCUAAGGGAUAAUUGAAUAAUUCUUAAUAAAAAUGUAAAUAAAACAGUAUUUUCUGAAUAUUUAAUGGUUGGAUAUAUUGUAAUCUUUUUUCUAAAUUCUUUUAUAUUUUCACUUCUCCCUGGGGAUUCAGAGGGAUAGAAGAACUUUAUAGGGUUGUUUCCAAGUUCAUGAUUUUAAAUUUCAUAUGUUAACGCAAGUUAGAAAACAAAGUGUCAAACAAACUAAGAAGUGGUUAAAAAAUAGAAAUAUAUACUUUGUAUAGCAUGACUUAAGGCAUAUUGCUUUAUCCAUCUGUAUCUUUGGCAGCAUUAUCAGAAGAUGGCUGGUCAGCAUUUUAAUGAUAUGUGUAAACCCAAUAAGUUGAAGGUAAUACUUUUUAAGAUUUGAGGAGGUACUAAAACUCUCUACUAUAAUAUCAGAAAAGAAAUGUGUACAAGCCUUUUAUUUCUGUUUUCACUGGCUUAAUUCUUUAGAUCUUGGCUUUUUAUUUUCCAAUUAGGUUAUUAAAAUUAAAGUAAUAUGCUAGAAGAUAUCUUGGCAGAAAUAUGUCUCUCAAACUAUUUUUGAGUCACAUUUUCUUUUUGGAAAGAAAAUUUCUUCUAACCGUGAAACCAUAGACAUCUUAAACCCUGCAAAUUGUUUUUGUGUUAAAAUGACUAAUACCAUGGCUGCCCAAUAUGCAUAUAGUAUUUGCCAUUGAGUUUUUUUAGUUCGU